UCGCUUUCGCUUCAAAAAUCCAUGCAUGUUUAAUCUAACGAUCGCGUUAAGCUCCAGUCCGCGGACCUGUUGAAUUCGAUUGUUUUAAAAUUUUUUAGGUUCCUUUAUUCUUUGUAUACUCUGAAAUAAGUCGAUCGAUCAAACCAUGGUUUCGACGAGUAAAAUCAAAUCCGUGGAUUUUUACAGGAAAAUUCCCAGAGAUUUGACUGAGGCAUCAUUAACGGGGGCUGGAUUGUCAAUUAUAGCAGCCUUUUCAAUAAUCUUUUUGUUAGGAAUGGAACUGAAUGAUUAUCUGACAGUGACCACCUCUACAUCAGUUGUUAUUGACAAGAGUUCUGAUGGAGAUCUUUUACGAAUUGAUUUCAAUAUAAGUUUUCCUGCAUUGUCUUGUGAGUUUGCAUCUGUCGAUGUCAGUGAUGUCCUGGGAACGAAUAGGUUGAACAUAACUAAGACUGUCCGUAAAUACUCAAUAGAUUCAAAUUUAAAUCCUACUGGUUCUGAGUUUCGGUCAGGGCCUACUGCAAACGCAAUUAAGCAUGAUGAAGAAUCUGAUGAAGAGUAUGGUGAAGGUUCUGCUGUACUCAAUGAAAACAAUUUUGAUAGGAUUUCACACCAGCAUGCUAUUUUGGUCGUUAACUUCUUUGCGCCCUGGUGCUACUGGAGCAACCGCCUGAAACCUUCAUGGGAGAGAGCAGCCAAAAUUAUAAGAGAAAGAUAUGACCCAGAAAUGGAUGGGCGUAUUCUCAUGGGGAAGGUUGAUUGCACUGAAGAAACAGAACUGUGUAGAAGGAAUCACAUACAAGGGUAUCCAUCUAUUCGCAUCUUCCAUAAAGGAAGCGAUGUGAGAGGGGAUCACGGCCACCAUGAUCAUGAGUCAUAUUAUGGUGAUAGAGAUACAGAUAGCCUAGUUAAGGCAAUGGAAGAUUUGGUGGCACCUAUUUCUUUGCAGUCGAAAAGGGCUUUAGAUCGUCCGUCCACUGAGAAUGAUGUAAAAAGGCCUGCACCUUUAGCCGGAGGAUGUAGAAUUGAGGGUUUUGUACGUGUGAAGAAGGUGCCUGGGAAUCUGAUCAUAUCAGCACAUUCAGAUAGUCAUUCCUUUGACAUAACUAAGAUGAACAUGUCACAUUUUGUUUCCCAUUUUUCUUUUGGUAAAAAGAUCUCCCCAAGGGUGAUGAGUGACGUGAAGCGGGUACUGCCCUAUCUUGGUGCAAGCCAUGACUGCUUGUCAGGCUUGUCGUAUAUCAGUAAUCCAAGUGAUUCAAAUGAAAAUGUAACUAUUGAGCACUAUCUUCAAAUUGUGAAGACUGAGGUGAUGACAAGUUCUUAUAAAUUAGUUGAACAGCACGAGUAUACAGCGCAUAGUAGUUUGGUUCUCAGUCUUGAUAUCCCUGUUGCAAAGUUUCAUUUCGAGCUAUCACCAAUGCAGGUGUUAAUAACUGAAGACUCUAAAUCUUUUUCGCACUUUAUUACAAAUGUUUGCGCAAUUAUAGGAGGUAUUUUCACGGUUGCUGGGAUCGUGGAGUCGCUUCUGCAUACUACUUUCAGGCUUAUGAAAAAAGUUGAACUAGGGAAGAACUUUUGAUCGAAACACCCUUUAGUCGGGCUCCUUGGAUAAGUUAAAACUUCAGAAUUUGUUGAGGGAUGAACUUUGUUCUCAAUUUUGUGGUCCUUGUAGAAAAUACCUUACUGAAAAAAUCUUCUUCUGAUUCUGUGAUCAUGUCGUUUGCCCUUACUCUGUGCUCUAUGGAACGAUAGAUUGAGCAUUAGAAUGUGAUGAAUUACGAGUCAAGAGUUUAGUGUUUCUUCUCACCCAAACAGGAACUUUGUGAGAGUUAUAGACAAGCUUCAUUCAGAAGGUUAUGUAGUUAUGCGAAAACCAUUAAGCCUAUGAAUGAAGUUCUUUUUUACUGUUA